CCCCCGAUCUCCUGCUUGGCCACCUUGACGCACCGCUUUCUGUUGGCGAUCGCCUCGGGCACUCGCUCCGGCAGGUCCGUGAACGCGGUGCGCACAGUUUGGGGGCCGUUGUUGGAGUUGGUGUUAUUGUUAUCAAGCUAUGGCCACGUCCUGCAGAUUCCCGUCUGAAGAUCAGUUCCUGUGCUCCAUCUGUCUGGAUGUUUUCACCGAGCCCGUCUCAACUCCGUGUGGACACAACUUCUGCAAGGCCUGUCUCACCAAGCACUUGGAGGGCAAAGAGCAGUCUCAGUGUCCACUGUGCAACGAGAAGUUCAACAAAGGGCUCAAACUUUGCAUCAACACCGAAUUCAGGGACGUUGUGGACAUUUUCAAGGAACUAAAUGCAAAAGCUAACAAUACUUCCCCUGUGAAACCAGGAGAGGUGCCAUGUGACUGCUGCCUUAAUGGCAACAAGUCCAAGGCCUCUAAAACCUGUUUGGUGUGCUUGACCUCUUUUUGUGAGACACACCUAGAGCCUCAUCUGAGAGUUGCUGCUUUGAAGAGACACACGCUGACUAAUCCUGUGCAUAACCCUGAGGGCAAAAUAUGCAAGAAGCACGACAGAAUAUUGGAGCGCUUCUGCAGGAGUGACCAGACAUGUACCUUGUGUACAGAACACAGAGCUCAUGAUAUGGUCCCUUUACAGGAAGCAUAUGUACCCAAGAGUGCUCAGAUGGGGAAGAAAAAGGCGAAAGUAAAGGAAAUUAAACAUAAGCCUGGAAAGAGGCAGCAGAAAACCAAGCACAAGAGGAAAGGCAACAAUGAAGCUAUGGCAAACCGUGUGGUGUUGUAUCAAACGCAAGAUGGUCUCAUUUGGUGGAUUCAACCUCAAGUCAACAGAUAUGAUGAGUUGGCUCUAAACAGGGACUUUUAUAAAGGGAGAUUCUACCGUGAGGUUCAGGCCGAAUGGAGCUACUGCGAGGAUUUAGAAGUAGAUAGAGAGUCCAUGCGUGGGAUAAAGGUGUUCAUACCUAACCCCAAGGAUGGAAACUGGGUCAUACGGUUGGCAACGGACCACAACUCCAAGGAUCUAAAUGAAGUCCCAGUCCACCUCUUAUUGAUAGUCAAACCUGAGAGAGUCGUGGUGUAUGUAGACUAUGACGAAGGAUUGGUGUCCUUCUGUGAUGCAGACACUAUGAUGUUGGUCUACUCUUUUACCAACUGCAAUUUCAGUGAGAGAAUUUACCUAUUCUACUGUCAUACAGAGGGUGACAGCUGGGCACAGAGGGUUCAACAGAAGGUUGAGAUGAUGAAAGCAUGGUUCCAACGUCCAGAUACCAUAUUCUUCUUUUGUUGUAUUGCCGUUCUCAUUUUUUGUAGUUGCUUGUAUUAUUUUUGUACUAACAAAUAACGUUAUAAAUCAUGACAUGGAUUAGAAACAUGUUCUGGCUACAGUGGUGGUGGUAUGAAGGGUUAAAACCAGCAUCUCCUUUCAGUCACAAACUCAUCUGUCAUGUGUAAAGAAAAUGAUAAAGGUUCAUACACAGUAAGUCUGUAAAUCACAAUGAUGUUGUAAUUAUGACUUUUUAUGCUUGUGUUGUCAUUUAGUGUUGAAAUAUCAGUGUUCUAUAUACAAAAUAUAUGUUACAUCUUAUAUUACAUCUCUAUAAAACAUGAUGGCAGUGUCAUUUCUGAAGUGAAUCAAUCACUGUAAACAUUUAGUGUAUGUACAGUUUUUCAGUAUCGGUGUGUUUAUGUUUAUGAAUGGAGUAUGAUUUCACAUUCAUGAUUCAGGAUGGUGACUUUAUUCAAAUACACCACUAGAGGGAGCAAUCUACUCACGCUUCAUACAAACACUCCCCAUUCAAUGAAUAUGAAACAUGGCAGUUUAGACUAAAUAAAUAUUUUAUUUGAGCUACCACAUUUUAAGUCCUUAUUAGUUUCAGUAUUUUCUUAGGAACUGUUGUGUACAUGUCUCAAUGCUUCAAAAUUAGUUCUUAGAUUUAUUACCAUGCACUUUGUUACAAACAUUCAUGUCCCUCUCAGGAUGAACUGUAAUACCUCUAGUGCAGGGGUGUCAAACAUGCGGCCCGGGGGCCAAAACCGGCCCGCCAGAGGGUCCAAUCCGGCCCGCGGGAUGACUUUGCAAAGUGUAAAAAUGAGUUG